AUGCAUCUCGCGGGCGCCGACGAGAUCUACCUGCUAGAGGGUGUACAGGCAGUCGCAGCAAUGGCCUUAGGCACGAAAUCUAUUCGAAAGGUCGACUUUAUUGCUGGACCAGGAAAUGCCUUCGUCGCAGAAGGCAAGCGCCAGCUAUGUGGUGAGAUUGGUAUUGGCUUAUUUGCUGGUCCGACAGAGAUCCUUAUUAUCACGGACGAGACAGCCAAUGCAUUCACUGUUGCAACAGAUAUCCUGUCACAGGCAGAGCAUGGACCAGACUCGCCCUCAGUGGUGAUUACCACUUCCGAACGUGUUGCGCACGAGACUAUCCGCAUCAUUGAUGAGAUCCUCAAAGGCUUGAGCACGGCGGAUGUGGCCGGUGUUUCAUGGGCACAACACGGAGAAGUGAUUGUCGUGGACUGGGUUGAGGAAGCUUGGAAGCUGGGGGACGAGUAUGCCAGUGAACACGUGCAGAUCUUCACACGUCGGCCAUGCGACGCGCUAGACAACAUGACCGCUUACGGUGCUCUCUUUCUGGGUGAAAAUACUUGCGUCUCCUACGGUGAUUGGAACCACCAUGUCCUUCCUACUCGAAAGGCUGCUAGAUAUACGGGAGGCCUGUGGGUAGGCAAGUACCUGCGCACCGUGACAUACCAAGAAGUCAGGAACGACGUGGCCGGCGGCGAAUUCGGUCGGCUCUGUAGACGAGCAGCUCGGGUAGAGAACUUUGAAGGCCACGCGCGCUCCGGGGAUCUCUGCGCCCAUCUGCACUUGAAAGAUCAGUUUGCCUGGAUCAAUGUUGCGAGGAGAGACUUGCAGAUGCUGGUCGGGAAUGUUUAG